AUGUCACGAGCAGUAUCAAUGUUUUCCUGCCACUGCGGGGCUCAUCUUCAAUUUAGUUUCUUCUACUUCUGUGUAGUUCUAUAUAGGAUCCUGACAGGUGCUCCACUCUGGGUCGAAGUGUACCUAGGAGCAACAGCAGCUAAAGAGUUGGGUCCACAUUCCUCAGGACCAGAACCCCACUACUGGAUGCAGUUUAUACUCGUACCCAAGAGAAUUAUAUGGAAAGAGGUUGUUGACAUGUGUGAAAAUGUUAUCAAACUUAUUUGUACAAUUCCGUAUGCUCAGUCGCCUACUGUUGCACAGCUGCUGACAAUCCAAGGACCCAUCGAGCAAUAUAAGGCCGCUUUGCUGAAACAGGAACCAGUAGCGACCAUGACGUCCCAGCGGCUCUUUAGCGUCCUGACGGUGGCCCUAUUGGGGGUUGUCUCCCGAGCGGCGCCUCCUCCUUUCAACGUCUCACUUAUCGAGCCUCGUGUCAACUUCGACGACAAGUGUAAGUGUGGGCAGAAGGCCGCCUCUAGGAUCGUGGGCGGGGUGACCACGGGCGUGAACGAGUGGCCUUGGCAAGCGGCGCUGAUGUACGAGUCGCAGCACUUCUGCGGCGGAUCCCUGAUCAACGACCGAUACGUCCUGACCGCCGCCCAUUGCACCGAAGGCAUGAGAGCGUCUGACCUGACCAUCCGUCUGGCCGAACACAGGCUGAGCACUUCCUCUGAGACCAGUGUUGUCAGCAGGUCCGUGUCUAGAUCAUCGAGCAUCCGAACUAUCAGCCGGGUGACGAAAUUAACGACAUCGCUCUCAUUAAACUGUCAUCGCCAGUCAAGGUGAGAAAGUUUUCAGUAGCGGU